AUAUCCUACCUACAUCUACAUUUACAUCUCCCAGUGAAUUCGGCGUAGACACCAUCCCACCAACAUGCCUCUCACACCCUCUUCCGAUCCCCUCGUGUGGAUCGACUGCGAGAUGACCGGCCUCGACCCCUCAACCGACCACAUCCUCCAAAUCAGCUGCAUCAUCACCGACGCCCAACUAACCCCCCUCGACACCGGCUUCGACACCACCAUCCACGUCCCCGACACAAUCCUCAACAGCAUGAACGAAUGGUGCAUCACCACCCAUGCCCGCACCGGCCUAACCGCCGCCGUGCGCGCCUCCACCACCACGCCCGACCAAGCCGCCUCCGCCCUCCUCUCCUACAUAAAGCAGUACAUUCCCGAGCCCCGCCGGGGGGUGCUGGCUGGGAACAGCGUACACGCCGACCGGGCGUUCCUGGCAAAGGAUCCAUACAAGGCAGUGUUGGAGCAUUUGCAUUAUCGGAUUCUGGAUGUGAGUAGCUUUAAGGAGGGGGUUAGGAGGUGGGGUGGGGAGGAGCUGUUAAGGCGGGUUCCGGAGAAGAGGGAGGUGCAUUUGGCGAGGGAUGAUAUACUGGAGAGUAUUGAGGAGGCGAGGUUUUAUAGGGAGGUUUUGUUUAAGCGGUAGUUUUUGCUGGGGGUGAGUUUGGUGGUAGUGGUUGGGGAUGAGGAUGGCUAGAUUGGAGGGGUAAUAUUGGGAGAGGUUGCUCGUGCCACGCAGUCGUGCAUUGCAUGCUGUGCUGUGCUGAUGCUGCAGGUA